UCAAUGCUGCUCCUCCAUUACUUCAAUUUGUCACAUUUUCAAGUCAAUGAUCAUUUCUACCCACAUAUGAGAAAUUUUCUUUAUGGAGAAACUGCGUUCUACGUUGCUGAUACAAUAAACAUGAUGUUUUAUAUAUGGGUGUUAUUCUCAGCUCAACAGUUUCAUUUCAACUUUACUUUGGUCUCUGGAACACAAUAUGUUAUUCAUUUCUUUGACAACCUUGCAAUUAUAGUAAUGCGUCUUCAUUCUUUACUUGGUUUUACGGACGAUUUUGAUAUUGGUUCAAACGUUGUUUUUAACGGCGCUAUGACUUUUUCGGUGUAUUGUAUUGUAGCUGCAAUGUGCUCACUGCCGUUUUCAAUUCUGGAACGUUGUUUUGCCACCCGGUACCUGAAAGACUAUGAAGCAAAUAGUCGAGCUUACAUUUCAUAUGCUCUGGUUUUUCUCUUGAAUUUUAUUGGUAUUAUCGGCGCAAUCCUUUUGCAGAAUAAAAACAAUACAAUAUUUGUGGUUGCAUUUUUGAUGAUCUUAAAUUUGUUUGCUUUAUUAACUAAUCAGUUUCUUCGAACGUGGAACUUGAAAAAGUACGAAGAGUGUCACAGCAACGUUUCAAUUCGAUUCCAACGAGGUGGAAAGUACUCAUUGGCAAAACGAUUUCAAAUUUCUGAAAACAUAAAAUCGUUACAUAUGUUAAACUUUAUCAUUUUGUACAUGGGGUUUAUGAAUGUUUGUCUUGUCAUUAGCGUCCUCUUUUCAAGCUUCGACAUCUCGCCCGAACGCCAAGCAAUUUGUUCUCUGGCUCUUGACGCGAGUAUAUUUUUCUACAGUUUCGCUAUUCCACAGAUCAUGACGUGUUUCUGUCACAAAUGGAAGGUUCAGACAAACACGUUCAGGAUCCGGAUAGGUUGCUUGAGAACUGGAAAAGUCAAUCUGGAACCAUUGAGAGAUACAUUUGGAGGAGACAUGCGCGGAAGCGUUUCUAUGAAUAGAUAUUUCGAUCAACUACAAGAUUCCUGGGAAAAUGCGUGAAAUGAAGUCAUGAAUAUGAAGAUGUUUAUAAAUAGGUAUUACCUCUUACUAGUUAGUUUGUUAUAAUAAAGUUGUAUUUAAUGA